UUGUAAACCUAACCUAAAACCUUGGGUAAACCUACCUAGCUUUUACGUAGGUCCUCUUCAUAGUCGUUGAGACCAGGGAAUUAGUGAUGCGCGAUUGUGAGAUGUUUGAACGAUCAAAAUGUUCCUUCUCGAGAUGUUCUGCUUAUCGAUUGUUUCGAUUGCUUAGCGAGAGGUUUGCAUUUGUUAAGCCUAAAUGUCUGUUCACCGCAUCACUGUCUACAUUUCAUGAGAGUUGUGACAAGGAUGUUUGUUCUUUUUCUAGAUUCCUAUAGAAUCGUAGACUAUUAUGCAAAACAUAUAAUUGCUGAUAAGUUAUAUAACACGAUUUUGUUUGUAAAAUAUAUCGUCUUGUCAAUAGUUUUAUUGAGUGGUCCAGAGCCCUUUUAACUUAAGCAAAUACAUAUUUAAAGGUCUCUAAUUGUGUAGAGUCCUUAGAUAUCCAAACUUUAGAAUUCACUGCAUUGUAUUUGGUUGGUUUGUGUUGAAUAAUGGAUGACAGAACUGAGGACGAAGAACGGGUCAAAAUUCGAGAAGAACUCUCAAGCUUAAGCUUUGAAGAUCUUCAAAAACUUAAAGAGAAAUUAGGCACCAAAGUGUACAAUCAGACAAUUUUUGGAGUUAAGAAAGAAAAGACAAGUUCAGAGUUUAAGAGAGCCAAUAAAAACCGACCAAGAGAAGAAUCAUCAAAAAAAAAAGUUCCUCCGUUGCGAGAAGUUGUACCGAUUAAGAAAAACACUGUUUGUGAUCCAAGAUUUGAUAGUUCUUGUGGCACAUUCAAUGAAGAGGCUUUCAAAAACGCUUACAGUUUUAUUAAUGAUAUAAAACAAAAUGAAAAACAACAGCUUUAUAAAGAGUUGAAGAAAACACCAAAUCAAGAGCGCAAAAAAGAAAUAAAAUAUUUAAUUCAGAGAAUUGAAAACCAAGAAAGAGAAGAAAAAAUCAAGCAGAAGAAGAAGGAAAAGCUUCAGCAGGAGAAAGAAGAACAAAUUCAAAGUUUGCGCCAAGGAAAGAAACCACAGUUUAUCAAGAAAUCUGAAAGGAAAGUGUUGGAUCUAGUGGAGCGGUAUGAAGAACUGAAAGAAACUGGAAAAUUGAAGAAACAUAUUGAAAAAAGGAAUAAGAAAUUGUUAAACAAGGAUCGUAAAAGAUAUACCCUUGACAGAACAGAAUAAAGUGGCAAUAUUUAAGGUUCGAUUGGUUAUAUAUAUUUUGUAAGCACAAUUAUACAUAUUUUCAAUAAUA